UGCGAAAGCCUUCUCACUUGGGAUGGAGCGGAGCUCCUGCUGGCAUGAGCGGAGUCCCCUUGAGAAGAAAAAAAGGAAGCCGAAGAGAACGGGGAACUGGAUUCAGAAACAGUUUGGGCUGUGGGGAAAGCAAUAACGAAAAGGCUCCCAGAAAGACAGGAUUUAAAAGGCGAGGUGCAUUUUGACAAUUAGAAAAUCCAGACAUUUAAUGUAGAAGCACCAUGCCAGACCGUGGAAGAUUUAACGAGUGGGGUUGUGAUGGCCCAGGUUCUUCAAAAGAUAGAUCCUGUAUAUUUUGAUGAGAAUUGGCUAAACAGAAUCAAAACGGAAGUGGGAGAUAAUUGGAGACUAAAGAUAAGCAACUUAAAGAAAAUUUUAAAAGGAAUCUUGGAUUACAAUCAUGAGAUUUUAGGACAGCAAAUUAAUGACUUUAUCCUUCCUGAUGUGAACCUUAUUGGGGAGCAUUCUGAUGCUGCAGAACUUGGAAGGAUGCUUCAACUCAUUUUAGGCUGUGCUGUGAACUGUGAACAGAAGCAAGAGUACAUCCAGGCCAUAAUGAUGAUGGAGGAAUCUGUACAACACGUUGUCAUGACUGCCAUUCAAGAGUUGAUGAGUAAAGAAGCCCCUGUCUCUGUUGGAAACGAUGCCUAUGUUGACCUGGAUCGUCAGUUGAAGAAAACAACAGAGGAGCUUAAUGAGGCUUUGUCAGCAAAGGAAGAAAUUGCUCAGAGAUGCCAUGAAUUGGAUAUGCAGGUUGCAGCAUUGCAAGAAGAGAAAAGCAGUUUGUUGGCAGAGAAUCAAAUCUUAAUGGAAAGACUCAAUCAGUCUGAUUCUAUAGAAGACCCUAACAGCCCAGCAGGGAGAAGGCACCUGCAGCUCCAAACUCAACUAGAACAGCUCCAAGAAGAAACAUUCAGACUAGAAGCAGCCAAAGAUGAUUAUCGAAUACGCUGUGAAGAAUUAGAAAAGGAAAUCUCUGAACUUCGGCAACAAAAUGAUGAACUAACCACUCUGGCAGAUGAAGCUCAGUCUCUUAAGGAUGAAAUAGAUGUUCUUAGACAUUCUUCUGAUAAAGUGGCUAAACUAGAAGGUCAAGUGGAUUCCUAUAAAAAGAAGCUAGACGAUCUUGGUGAUUUGAGGCGGCAGGUUAAACUCUUAGAAGAGAAGAAUACUAUGCACAUGCAGAACACGGUCAGUUUAGAGGAAGAGUUAAGGAAAGCCAAUGCAGCUCGAGGCCAACUGGAGACAUACAAAAGACAGGUAGUAGAACUCCAAAAUAGAUUAUCUGAAGAAUCAAAGAAGGCCGAUAAAUUAGAUUUUGAAUAUAAGCGACUGAAAGAAAAAGUGGAUGGUCUUCAAAAAGAAAAGGAUAGGCUGAGGACAGAAAGGGAUUCUCUGAAGGAAACCAUUGAAGAGCUCCGCUGUGUACAGGCUCAGGAAGGGCAGCUCACAACGCAAGGGUUAAUGCCUCUGGGAAGUCAGGAGUCUUCAGACAGUCUGGCGGCAGAGAUUGUUACUCCUGAAAUUAGGGAGAAACUUAUACGUCUGCAGCAUGAGAAUAAGAUGUUAAAACUUAACCAAGAGGGUUCAGACAAUGAAAAAAUUGCUUUAUUGCAGAGCCUUUUAGAUGAUGCAAAUCUGCGAAAAAAUGAACUGGAGACAGAGAAUAGGCUGGUGAAUCAAAGACUUCUGGAAGUGCAAUCCCAAGUUGAAGAAUUGCAAAAGUCUUUACAGGAUCAAGGAUCAAAAGCAGAAGAUGCUAUUUCAAUUCUUCUUAAAAAGAAGCUUGAAGAACACCUAGAGAAGCUGCAUGAAGCCAAUAACGAGUUGCAGAAGAAGAGAGCCAUUAUUGAAGAUCUGGAACCAAGAUUUAAUAACAGCUCAUUAAGAAUUGAAGAAUUACAAGAAGCUUUGCGGAAGAAAGAAGAGGAAAUGAAGCAAAUGGAAGAACGAUACAAAAAAUACUUAGAAAAAGCCAAAAGUGUUAUCCGUACUCUAGACCCUAAGCAGAACCAAGGAGCAGCACCAGAGAUCCAAGCCCUUAAAAACCAACUCCAGGAACGGGAACGAAUGUACCAUUCUUUAGAGAAAGAAUAUGAGAAAACAAGGAGUCAAAGAGAGAUGGAGGAGAAAUAUAUUGUUAGUGCCUGGUAUAACAUGGGAAUGACUCUGCAUAAGAAAGCAGCUGAAGACAGACUGACUACUACAGGGUCAGGGCAGUCGUUUCUGGCUAGGCAAAGACAGGCAACCAGCACAAGAAGAUCUUACCCUGGCCAUGUGCAACCAGCCACUGCAAGGUAGAGAAGUCUUGCCCGUAGAAAUAAAAAGCCACCCACGUCCAAGCAUACUUCUGUUCCAUAUCACGACAUUUCAGGAAAUCCAGCCCACUCACUUUUCGUCUCCAUUCUCUAUGUUAAUACUCACUUGUUCCUCGUUGAGGACUUUUCCUCUUCCUGUAUCGUUAAUAUUUUAGUUUCUUUUUCCUUUACUUGUAGUCCUUUCAGUUCCUUUUAAUGUGCCAAAAAUUUUAAAUGCCCAAUUAAACGUGUUGUAUGAUAGUGUAAUACUUUACUUUGUAUGAAAAUGUCCUCUUCCCCAAUGAUGUAGGCUUUGUAAUGAAUUACAUUUUCUGCCAAUAAUUGAUAUACAAUUUAUAUUGUUUAUUGUGCCUCGGUGUUCCCAUGCUUUAUAAGAAUGUCUUUGUUUAAAGGGAAUUAAUCUUUUUAUGAUGUAUUAAUCUGUGUUUUCAGUUGUUUUCCAAAUGCCCUUCAAGUAACUGGCAUACUUACUGUAUACAGUGGUUGGCAAGUGCACUUUUUGCAAAGACGUAAAUACGUUGGCAGAGGUGCGCACACAUCGUACCUACGGCACCUGUUUAGAGGGUAAAAGUGAGUUGUCACAUGGUUUUAUAGGAAAUUAAAUUUGUCCAAAGAUUUAAAGACUUUUUUAAAACAUAUAUUCAUGUGAUUUCAUUAUUUCCUGCUAUUUUGUUUGCUGGCAGAAGUUAAUGCAUUGAUGAGAUUAGUUGGGGGAAAUUUUAGGAAAAAAAUCAGACAGUGCAUUAAUUAAUAUUGCUAUUAUUUUUUUUGCUUUUGAAUAUCACUUAGGAGCUUGGAUUCAAAUUCUAGCAAUGUUGUCUGACAUUUAUAAUUUCUUUUUCCUCCACAUCCAACAGUCUUAUUUUUCAUAUAUUACAAGUAAUAAAUAGGUAGCCUUGCCAUUUGGGCAGUUAGUUUCCUUAUAGCCUUGUGUCUCAUUUGCUUUACUUAUUUAAUACAAACCAUUUAAUUUCUAAACAAUUUCUAAUCUUUAACAUCUUAAUAUCAGUCAUUAAGAUAAAUAAGAGACUUCUUGUAUUUGAAGUCUUAUGACAGAUCUCUUUUACAUUUUUUUCAUAAUUAGUCCUUAAAUUUGUUAUUGAACAGCUUCUCUUGGGUAAUCUCAUUGCCUCAAAAGUGCUUAUAUUUGUUGACAGAUUGACACAUUGUAACACACACACAUAGAUGAAUGGCUGUCAAUGAUUGUGAAGCAUUUUGAAUAUGUAAGGUGCUAUAUAAAUGCAAAAUAUUAAUUUGAAAAUGCCUUCUGUCAAAUUUUUCAUAUGACUAAGUAUUCAAUCCCAAAUUAUAUUAAGUUCUCCUCCAAUCAUUUUCUUAGCCUGUUUUAUGAAAGGAAAAAAUUCCCAUAAUUAGGUUGAAUUUUGUUGUUUUCUUUUUUAAACUAGGUCACCUAGUAAGAGGAUUUUAUUUCAUGCACUUGUUAUUUGGAAGUUUAGAUUUUAUUUAGUUCUAUAUAUUAAUUACAACUAAGUAAUGUUCAACCAAGCAAAUGUAAUUAAGAAUUUUCAAAAACUGUAUCUAAUUAUUUUAUUUGGAAUUUUUGUUUUUAUUAAGAGUUGACCUAAAUAUCUGUAGUGCUUUCAUUUUUCCUCAAAAACGACUUGAAGAAGGUAUUAGAAUAUACAUAGAAAUAACUCCAUGCACUGUGCUGAUUUUUUUUUACAUUAAGUAUAGAAGUCUGAGUGUAAUAUGAACACUCCUGGCUUGAUAAGACCAUAAUGCAGCGAGUGUUAGUAAUGGAGAGAGCCACAGGUGAGCAUGCGUUGUGGGAGCUCCAGAGGCCCCCGAGACCUAAUCGACAGAACGUACACAGCCACUUCAGGUGGUUCUUAUGCCCUCAUCUCACAGAUAACCCCUAAAUUGGACUAUGUUACAGCAAAUAAUCUCUCGAACACUAGCGUUGUUCAAAUUAAAAUUAAGAAAUUAUCCAAAUAAGAUAGAUGAAAAUAAAAGACUAAGACCAUUUGUUAAAUGGCUUAUAUUCCAUAAAAUUGGAGGUUUUAACUUUACUUCUAUUUAUUGCCCCCGGCCUGGUCUCCUACUACCCACACACCUACCCACAUCUGUUUCUCUUAAUGAGGGGGAAAAUUACCAAGCUUUGAGAAUGAGAUUUCAUUUUUUAUUUUUCUUCAGCAUUGGUUGCAUGCCAUUAUUUGGGUGUUUUCAUUUAUAACUUUCACUCUCCCUUACUGUUAAUAUGUCGUUCCAAAGAAGAAAUGGUAUUUCUCAAAAUUCUGUAAUGUUUAAACAAAAAAGACUUUUGUGGGGGAAAAAAUCUGAGUAUACUUUUUGUGUAGAAAUCCAAGAAUAUAACUUAACUGUAAUAGUGGCAGUUUGGACAGGAUAGAUGAUAUUUCCAUUUCUUCAAUAAUUGUUGUGUGCCCUCAAGUCAUAGUAACCCCUGAAGACAAAUUAGAACUUAACUCCCCACUAGGCUGUAAUCUUGUCUUCUACAGAGCGGUUGAUGGGUUCAAACCACUGACUUUUUGGUUAAUAGCCAGUUGCUUCAUCAUACUUUGGAACUAGGGUCCAAUAAUGACUCUUAAUUUCUCAGGAGGUUUGCUCCUGCCUGUAUGGACUAUGUGGAAAUUUGAGGACAUUAUAGCUUUGGUGGGGAGAGGGACGUGAACUAUGCCAUGCUAUAUUUUCAUAAACUCAUACAGGGGGAAGGGCUUCAAAAAACUCACGAAAUUAUCCAAUUUUCCUAUAACUAUUUUGAGCCCCCUGGUAUAUGUAAAGCCGUAGUUUGCUGGCCCAGUGGAACUGGUCUUGGCAUCAGCAAUGGAAUGAGUACCGUGUUGCUGCCUUAGGUUAGGGUGAACCCAUUACUACAGUGUACAAAUCAUUACACAAAACGCACUAGUUGUUUGCAUUCUAACCAGGGUCUGAAGAUACAAAGUGAAUGACUAAAGAAUAUUCACACAUAGUGUUUAUGUUCCUCAGUGUGUAUCCACGAAGUUUGUAAUGUAUGGCCAAGAGAUAAAUAAACUAAAUGUAGUCAUUGCCACAUCAGAAAGGAGAAUAAAUAAUGCAUUCAUACAUAUUUCCAUAGAACUUGGAAAAUCUUGAUCAUAUCUUUUUACUAUUUGUCUAAUUGCUUGAUAAUAACCAAGAAAAAGGAGUCCCUAAAUAAAGAACCUAUGUUCCAAAAUUAAUCAAGAUAGAAUUCUAUUAGAUAUCCCCAGUUUAGUAAACUUAGCUUAAUGGGAUGAUUAGGUUACAAGGAUAGUAUUGUAGGCUGUUGUUUUGUUGAGAUUUUAUUGUUUUAUUUAUAGGAUCCAAAUUCUCUAGUACAAAAUUAAGCUCAUGUUAGCCAGUCGGAAAUAUCAAUCUAUGUAUUUCAUUAGUGCUUACAAAUGAACGAAAACCCACAGUGAAAACACAGCAGUGGUCAGUGAUAAUGAAAGCUGUAUUCACUUGAAGAAAAAGCACAUUUUAUUUAUGAGCUACUUUAUUUGUAUUUCUUCUCAGUAAUGCUUUCUCUUAGUAACUAAAUAACAGUAUAAAGUAUCAAUUAUCUAAGACAAGCAUCCAUCUCAGUUUAUGAUAACACCACAUAAAAACUUGAAAAAAUAUUUUGGAAAAUUUUUAUUUUGAUAUAAAAAUUAUCUUAAAACAAGUCCAUUCUCCUAGUGUUCGGCAUCUAAUGCCCCACACUCACAUUUAGAGUCUAAGGAUGUCUCGUUCUCUCCAUUUGGAAGAUGUCCAUGACCAAGAGCUAGCAGUGACCCAGCUGAUUGACGGCCAUGUAGAUGUGAAUAUGUUUGAUCCUAAGGGGACAGCAAAGUGCUUGGCAUCUUGCUUUUUGCGAAGGACAUUAAGGCAAAACACUUUUUAUGUGUAGUCAGUGAACGUUGGAGGAACUUUUUUUUUUUUCUCCCACUUUUCAUCCUUACACUAGCAAGAGGCUCUUUGCCUGGAAACGGGUAUUGAACUGACGUAGCACUGCUUAACAGUGAAGCCAAUGGAUAAGACAAAGAAUGUACUGAGCAAGAGAAAAUGGGAUAACAGAAUCUUUGAAAAUUAUUUUAGCAAGUUUAUUUUUAAUUUUUUAAAUUAAAAAAAAGAAGUAUCUCUUCUCUUGUCUUUUAGUCCCAACUGUCAAGUGGUAGCUGACUUUUUAAAUUGUUAAGCCCAAUUUCAUUACAUUUAAAAGAUCUAAAAUAGCUUAUUCAUUAUCAUUAUAGUGAUUUAAAUAUUAUAUAUAAGGAAGGGUAUUCUCAUUGUAUCUUUUUUACUUUCUAUAAAGCAUAUUUAAAUAAUUGGUAUACGUUCCAUUUUUUUGGAAAAUUUGAACAUGAUUUAUGCAAUUUCAGCACCAAAAAAUGUUCAAAAGUUUAAAACUGAACAGUAUUUGAGAAGCCUGUAAAAAUAAUAUACUAACGUCACAGAUAAUGUCUACCAGUAUAAAUGUGAUGGCAUCCAUUUUUAAAAAAUAAUUUAACUCUUGUUCUUGCAAGUAUAUUCCUGAUUCCUUUUGUUGUUCUUUUAAAAAGCCUUUUAUCAAUCUGCAGAACCCUGGUGGCCUACCAUUGGACUGUUAACCAAAAGGCCACUAGUUCAAACCCACUAGCCACUUUGUGGGAGAAAGUUGAGGCAUUAGACUUCCAAAUGGAACGGUUCCACUCUGUUCCACAGGGUGGCAGUGUGCCAGAAUCGACUGGCUUUGGAGUUGCUUUUGGUUUUGUCAGUCUAAGUCACAUGUAGUUUUAUGAAUAUAAAAACUGUAAAAUUUAUGUUUACGGUUGUCUUGACACAUGAACAAUCUCUAAAAAUGGUUGCUGUGGAGGGCCCCUCAAUGUUUCCUAAGAAGUACCUUCAAGAAUUACAUGAUGUCUCUUCAUGUUUUUCUGUGUUACUGUAUUUUCCAACAGCAUUCUAUAAGAUUAGAUUUUUAUGCCGUCAAGCAAGACUAGACAUCAAUGGAAGGAACAAACAGUUGUUAAGGGAAAUCCAUUCCUGGAAAAUAGAUUGGCUAAUCAAGUCAAAAAAAUGGCCUAAUUAUGAACAGGUGGAAAGAUUAUACAGUUAAACCUCACAUUGUCUUAAAUGUACCUAACCGUGAUAUAACAUUUAUGCUAGUUUAUGUAAUAAAAGUUUCUGUCUUUACUGCCCGGUCAGUUAAUAAAAACGAAUAGACAAGAGCAUAA